CUGUUUCAAAGAAUUCGUUAUUGCGGUGAAAUGCAAAUGAAAUAUUGUGUGUUGAUGUUGGGCAACUGUUUUGCAGCCAAAGGGUGUCUAAGAGAGUUAGUAUAGCGGAACUUUACACGGUGAGGUCCACUACGACAUGUUCGGGUUCGUCCUGGUACUCGACCAUCUGCUAUACGCUACGUGUCCGAUAUAGAGCUGUCUACAGAGUAACGGAUUUGACGUCAUACCACACGAGAUAUUUGUGUUGUUUUGGAUACUCGGCUGUAAACAACACAUGCCAACCUGUUUGCUCGCCUACUUGCAAGAACUCAGGAACUUGUACAAGUCCUCAUCAAUGCCAGUGCUCGUCUGGAUGGAUGGGAUCUACGUGUACAACACCUGAAUGUGAUCCUGGCUGUGGUACUAAAGGUGGAAACUGUACGGCUCCGUUUACCUGUGACUGUCCUGCAGGGCUCUCAGGUUCUUCAUGUCAGACAGCUUGCAGUGGUGACCGAUUUGGACCGAGUUGUGCUCAGAAGUGCUUGUGCCAGAAUGGAGCUUUAUGCGACCUGGUUACAGGAGCAUGUAACUGCACGGCUGGUUGGCAGGGAACAAACUGCAGUCAGGCAUGUCCAGCAGGAUCAUAUGGCCUAGGGUGCUCUUCCUGCACGUGCAAGAAUGGAGCAUCAUGUGAUCGAGUCACUGGAGUUUGCACUUGUCCUCUUGGAUAUUACGGAAAAUCAUGCGAGCAUAUCUGCUCCGAGUGGACGUUCGGUCACUAUUGCAGCCACUCUUGUCUAUGCAACAAGUCAAACACUUUUAACUGUAGUCACGUGAACGGUUGGUGUGAAUGUCGACAUGGGAGAGGUGCAAUUUGCAUGGACGCAUGCCCUGACGGUCUCCAUGGGCCCAACUGCAAAUUUAACUGUACAUGUCAGAACGGCGGAACAUGUGAUUCCUAUACAGGAAAUUGCAGUUGUCCUCCCGGGUUCAUUGGUGACCACUGUGAGAAAACUUGCCCAGCAAAUACGUACGGUUUCAGGUGUGAACACAAAUGCAAGUGUGUUAACCGUGGAUUGUGCAACCCUGUCAAUGGAACAUGUACCUGUGUUGGGCAUUGGGUCGGUCAAUAUUGUGAGAAACCAUGUUUAGACGACUGGGAGUACUGGAAUGGGACCACUUGUAUUACAUGUCCUUGUGAGACAAAGAACAGCCAAUGGUGUAAUCAGUCUAGCGGUGAGUGUGAGUGCUUGGAUGGUUGGAUACAGCCAUCUUGCAAGGCAUCUUGCCAGAAGGGAACCUUUGGCUACGAAUGCCUCAAUCAGUGUCGUUGUCAGAACGGUGCACACUGUGACCCAGUGGACGGAUCAUGCAUCUGCACUAGUGGAUACAAUGGCACAAUCUGUGAUCAACUUUGUCCGGACGGAACGUAUGGGUUCUACUGCAGUGGGUUGUGUGGAUGCCAGAAUAAUGGCGUUUGCUCUCACAUGGAUGGAUCGUGCACUUGCUUGGAUGGGUGGCGUGGUGCCUUUUGUGAAUUGGCGUGUGAUAGCGGUUUCUACGGUGAUCGCUGUCGGCAAGAAUGUUUUUGUCUAAAUGGAGCCGCUUGUGAUCAUGUUAGUGGGACGUGUACUUGUACUGAUGGAUGGUUGGGAGACAAUUGUUCUGAACCAUGUGUGGCUUUUCAGUUUGGGGCAGGCUGUUUACAGCUUUGUAAUUGUGCUAAUGCUGAGAGUUGUAGUAACGUGGACGGUAGAUGCCACUGCAAACCAGGCUGGAUUGGUUCUACCUGUUCUGAUCCGUGUCCACCUGGACUAUGGGGUCAUGACUGUAGUAACGACUGUACAUGCUACAAUAGAGGCAUUUGCGAUCACGAACUUGGAGACUGCAGCUGCACUGAAGGCUGGACCGGGAGCACAUGUUCACAACUUUGUCCAAGUGGUUUCUAUGGCAUGCAAUGCUUAGAACCAUGUGACUGUGAUUCGGCUUGCGAUCCUAUCGACGGUCAUUGUAUCUGCGCUCCUGGACAGAUGGGAGUAAGCUGUGAUCAAGAUUGUCCGGAUGGUACAUUUGGAGUGGGUUGUCAAUCUUGUCAAUGUGAGCAUGUAGAUGCAGUGUGCAACAAAACAGCUGGUUGCAUAUGCCCCAGCGGACGCACAGGAGACAACUGUGAAUCUGAGUGUGAUAUCGGUUUCUAUGGUAUUGGAUGUAACCUAACAUGCAGCGAGAAGUGUCCAAACGGGACAUGUAAUCCGAAGACAGGAAUUUGUGCUUGUCCCGAGGGUCAGUCUUGGAAUGGUGAGAACUGUCAAGAGACGGAAGGAGGAUCGAGGGAAGAUCAGUUAAAGACAAACGAUUCAUCUGGAAUUGUCAGUGGUAUAUGGGGAGGAGUUGGAGGUGGUACAGCCGUGAUUCUCGUGAUCUUGACCAUUAUACUGGUGAUAGUAAUUCGACGGAGGAAACGUUCGGAUACCAAGAGUGUGAGUUAUGGCAACAGGCAUGGUGGUCAAGUGUCAAUACAAUCAACAGAACCUGUGUAUGCUGUACCUGUGGCAUCAUGUACAGCCUAUAGCUCGAUUGAUGACCCAAAUACAUCUACGGGAAACAAUAAGUCUUCAGGAAACAUGCCAUUCAAUGACUAUAUGAACAUUGCACCGAUGCCACCGAUGAGAAACAGCUCACUAGGAGGAGGAUUGUUAUCUCCAUAUCCAGACAAGCAGCCUUACUAUAGUGAUCCGUUGCCAAUAGUGCCGAUGGCUACGAAUCCGUGUUAUGGUGGAGCUGCAUUGAUUGUUGGUGCUGCUCAUCUUACUGCAGAGGAGCCAUUGCAUGAGAUUGCAGGUACAGUAUCAGGAUAAGGAAUGAUGAAUGGUGUUUGAUAGGUGCGUGGUGUCACGGUUACAUUUGGGCAAUGUGAGUUAGGAAAACAUGAGUAUUUUAUCACAAAUUGUGUACUUGUUUUGGCAACUCACUUGUGUAUACGUGUGCUUAUAUCAAUGUUUUUGGCG